AUGCCCCUGGAAGCCAGAUUCCCUGACGAGUUCGACUCGGAAGAUGAUUCAGAAUACUCGGAGACCGACUUCUCCAUCGGACGAGGCGGCCACCGAGCCCAUUUCCGUCAGCGCUCCUCCUCCCGCCACCGCCAUCACCCCCGACAACAGUUUCUCGUCCCAGAGCAAACAUCCCGCGUGUACCGAUCUGCCUCAACAGGCGGGUCCCGUCGACGCGGCCGGGAGCCUGCUCCAACCAAUAUAAACAUCAUCAACGAGCAGGCGCAACGGUCUGACAACAGACCCGAGAACAAGCAGCAGUCUCGGAGGGUUCAGAACCGGUUCACUGAGCGUCAUGAUCACAAUCAUAGUCACAGCCACAGCCAGAGCCCCCACCACUUCGAUGAUGUCGUCCAAGUGCCCUUGGCAGUGCCUGUUGCGCCUCGUCGGGAGCGUGCUGCUAGUGCAUCCCGGGAGCCAUCGCCGUUCCACCGUGACCAUGAACUUGUUAUGGGUCAGCAUUUGCUUGAGCAUAAUGAUGUUCGGCAGGAUAUGGAUCUUAAGAUGCUCAGACAUGAGCAUGAGCAGUUGCAGCGGCAGCUGGAGAAGGUUCGGCAGCGUGCAGAGCUAGCUUCCAUGGAUCGACAUGCGGAUCCUGUGGACUCGCGGCUGGAGGCGAAGAUGUGGCGCGAGCGGGAAGACUAUUAUGAAGAUGCGAUUGCGGAGCGACAGCGCGCAUUGCAGGAAUUUGAGAAGAAGCAGCGCUCUGAGGAGCUUGAACGUAAGGCUGCGGCGAAUAUGCGGCUGAAGGAGCUUGAGCGGGAGCAUCUUAGUCAGGAGGAGCAGCGGAGGGCUGAUGAGAGGUGGCAGAUGAAGAGGUAUGCUGCUGAGAAGAGAGCUGCUGAGGAAGAGGAGGAGGUGAAGCGGAAGCUGCAGGAGGAGAGACUGAAGGAGAUUGCGCGGUCGCAGGAUGAGAAGUCAGCGAGGGAGAAGCUUGUGCGUGAAGAGAAGUGGAAGCAGCUUGCGCGGGAGAAGGAGGAAGAGGAGGAGCGAGAGAAGCUCAUUCAGGAGAUUCGAGAUGAAGAUAUGAGGAAGGCAAAGGCUGCCGAGGAGCAGCGGUCAAAGGAGUUGGCCAUGAAGGCUGCUGCUGUUGCUGAGUGGAAGCAGGAACAAGAGCGCAUGAAGCAGAUGCAAGCUGAUGCGGCCGCCGCUAGAGCUGCUGCCGAGGCUGCUGCUGUUGAGCAGUGGAAGCUGGAACAGGAACGCGCCAAGCAGCGCGAGGCGGCCGCUGCUGCUGCGAAGCUCAAGGAGUUCCACGAUCAUCUGCGCAGCAUCGGAUGGAGCGAGGAGGACAUCGCAGAUAUCGCCAAGGGAAAGAAGGAGAAGGAGGAGAAGGAGAAGAAGAAAAAGGAAGCCAAGGACGGAAAAGAUGGUAAAGAUGGCAAGGAUGGCAAGGAUGGCAAGGAUGGAAAAGACAAGGAGGACCAUGAGCACAAAGUGACUUGGAUCAAGGUCCAUCGCAUACAUCUACUCCCCGAGACAUUGAUGGCUUACCAAUUGCCCUGGGAAUGGGAUGAGCACGAUCGGAACUACAUCGUCAUCAAGACAUGGAUCAGCGAGGAUUUCCAGGAGGAACUCUUCGCUCAUACCCGACGCCUGCGCGAUGGCAAGGUCCUUGCUCAGACUUCACACUCUAUGACUGAACUGAAGGUCAAUGACCGCAACAAGGACAAAAUGUUCCUGGUCCGGAAGAAGAACCCCAGGAGCCGUGUGGUCUUUACAUGA